UGCCGCAGCGUCGCCUUUCUGCUAUUUCUCGCCCGACCCCGGCUCGCGAGAUCCUCGAGAGAUGGGGAGAGAUUGAUCGUUCGUGAUAUCCCGUUCGCGCGAGAUCGGAGCACGCCGAGGGAUCUUACAGCGAAUUAUUGUGGCAGGAAGCAGGUGCAGGUCUCUCCUAAACAUGACACGAUUACUUUCGAUAUCGCCGACUUUGGCUUUGGCCCUGGCCUUCCUCCUCUCGGUGGCGCAUCUCGCUUGCACCGCCACCUCGGAAACUAUAAGAGGAAGUCGAGAGACCUGCGAAGUCGAGGGGGAUGACAUUACCGUCGACAAGAUUCUGAACACGAGCUGUUUCCACUGCAUUUGUAAGAACGGAUUCGUCGAGUGUCUGAAGCAACAGUGCCCAAACACAGAUGGUUGCUACGCGUUGCUGGAGCCGCGGGACGACGAAUGUUGCUACAAGUGCACAGGAUGCGUAAAGAACGGCGUUCAUCAUGCAUCCGACACGGAAUGGACCGAGGAGAAGGAUCCGUGCCACGUAUAUACCUGCAAGGGAGGCGUCAUCACCAAAUCAAAGCUAGAGUGUUACACGCCCUGUCCCCAACCGAAACCAGCUCCACCCGGUCAAUGUUGCCCCGUAUGCGAAGGGUGCCUGGUGAACGGGCAGAUGGCCACCGCGGAUAGAUCAGUGACAACAACGGAGGACCCUUGCGUGACCUGCAAGUGCAACAAUAAGCAUCUCACUUGCGCGAAGUUAGCCUGUCCGAUCCUUAAUUGUCCUAACGCGAAGAUAGUUCGGGAUCCUGGCAAAUGUUGCCCGCACUGUUCAGGCAGUGCAAAAUUCUUCCAGCCUCCGAAAGGCGCAUGCAUGCUCGGCAUGCACGUACUCAACUCGGGCGCUAGACAUUGUACGGAUUUGUGCACGUGUUGCACCUGCGUCAAUUCGACGCUUUCGUGUGUCAGAAAUACCUGUCCGGUGCUGGAAUGUCCCCGCGAGCAUCAAACAACUACACCUGGCCGCUGUUGCCCGCAGUGUCCGGCGAUCCAGGAGAGCAGGGUCGCCUGCUCUGUUGGCAGAAGAACUUACAAGGAUGGCGAUGAUUGGAAGCUUGAUUCUUGCAAGACGUGCACUUGCAAAGAGGGCAAAGUACGCUGCGCAAUGCUUAUGUGUCCGCGUGUGAGUCCUUGCCCACCAGGCUCAAAAUUAGAACAUCCGGAAGGUCAAUGUUGUGCGCGAUGCGUUGAAAUUGAUGGAGUUUGCACGGUUUUCGGAGAUCCGCACUAUCGCACGUUCGACGGUAAAUUCUAUACCUUCAAGGGGGCAUGCAAAUACCAACUGGUCACCGAUUGUGUCGGUCACACAUUCAGCAUCCGUGUAACUAACGACGCGAAAAAGACAAAAACUUCAGCGUGGACCAAAACCAUCGCUUUGAAAAUUGGCGACUUGAAAGUAAACCUUGGCCAAAAAAUGAGAGUGAAGGUAAACGGAAAAAAGGUGGGCCUUCCUUAUAGCAUGGAAAAAAAGCGAUUGAACAUCAACAUAACGGAUGACAACGUGGUCGUCAGCACGGACAUCGGGAUCAAGAUUCUCUGGGACGGUAUCAGCUUUGUCGAGGUGUCCGUGCCUUCGUCGUACAGAGGUCGAUUGUGCGGUCUCUGCGGUAACUUCAAUUCUCUGCCCAGAGACGAUUUCAUGUCACGACACGGUAAAUUGCUGCAGGACGUGCAAAAAUUCGGCAAUUCUUGGUCUGUGAUCUCCAAGAAAGCAUGUAUCCGACAUCCGACAAAAUCAGGAAAUUCAACAGUAGAAAAAGACAACAAACGUUGCCGAGGAAGAAAGGAUCACCGGCUGUGCACUCGACUGAGAUCGCAAAUCUUCGAUCCGUGCCACAGAAAGGUGAACCCGAUGAUGUACUACAAAGCCUGUCUUCAGGACAUGUGCGAGUGCCCGACCGAGCACUGUUACUGCCAGUCCUUCACGGCUUACGCGCACGAGUGCAAGCGGCUCGGCAUCCAUCUCGAGCAGUGGAGAAAAUCUACGAGGUGUCGAGGGAUUAUGAACCAGUUGGACUGUUCGGCGAAUUCUUCCACCCAUUUACCGCGGACUAAUUAAAUCGCGCACUUUAUCCGCCGCCGCGUUCGGCCUCCAAAAACUCUAAAACCCGCGGGAUGUGCAGUAAGACUCUCAUGUGAGCGCGAAACUCCUUGUACAUUCUGUACGCAUGUAGAAAUACUUUAUCCUAGCCCUUCCUUUUUAUCUUUUUUUUCGAGAUAAUGUUUUAAUAACCGCGAACAAUAAAGAAGAGGAGAUACGACGUUGUGAAAUAAAUAGUGUUUUUCGCGAUGUAUAUAUCUUUAAAGAUUGUGCAGUAAUUAAAAAAUAUAUAUAUAUUUUCUCAGGAAUUGUCAGAAUCGAUUCUUGAAGUCGAAUUUUCCAUUUAAGUGAGAUAAAGUUUUUGAUACUUAAAUACUCGGUAAACACGCGAUUAACACGAGGAAUAAAGCACACUACUUAACAGUCUCUGACAGAUAUCGCGACGGAUUAAUUCGGAAUAAAUAUUCAUAAACGCUUAUUUAUUCAUAGAGCAACAUAAUAUGCACGUGGUACUUAUACUUAUAAGUCUGUCAUCUAUAAUGAGAAACGAUGAUAGACUGUUAAUGCGCGGAAUGAAAAUGUUUCGCCGUCUACGCGACACAAUAUACAACGCAAAGGAAUAUAUAAAUAGCUGAAACGCUGUCAGAAAUAUAAUCGUGCUGUUAUAAAAUAUUGUAAUAGCGUAAAAUUGUAGAAAUUUUUUAUUUCGUUUUGUAAACUUUAUCUCCUCGAUAUAUGUUUUGCGAUAUUAUCUCCUCUUCUAUCCCUGGUAAAUUCCUUCUGUUGCCGGGAACAGACCGGACGCGGCGGAGUGCUCGACGAAAAUCUACUAGUCACCACUUCGUAUCAAUAUGCAUUAAGGUUGGUGAGUUCCUGUGCCCCCGUGUUAGUAACGUCGAGUAGUGACUAGGGACACACUCGAGCCAGAGUACCUUUUCAUAACUUUGUCACAAUAAAAUAUUUGAUAUCACGCCAAUAACAAUUAUAUACGAAAAAGC